AGACAGGAGGUGACCCGCUUCCCGGAGCAGUCUGCCCAGGCCCAGGGGGAGGUGACCGGGCUGAGACAGGAGCUGCAGGAGAAGACGGCCCCGGAGAAGCCGCUACGGCAACAGAUGGCCGCCAAGGAGGAGAAGACCAUGAAGGCCUCCAUGGGUUCCAAGCAGAAGCUCAACCAGCUCAACAUUACAAAGGAGCAGCUGGCCAAGGAGGUGGAGGAUAUGAAGCUGCAGCGGGAGGAGCGUCUGAGCUCCCUCAAGUCCCGGUAUGAGGGCCGUCUCCACCUACAGGAUCGAGAGAUCAGAGAACUCAAAGACCACCCCAUUUAACAACCUCAGAGGGACGAGCCCCAAUACCAGGGUAACAAUAAGUGGCUCUUCAAAGCAGCCCCCCACCCCAACCGCCAACAUCAAGCCCACCCCGGUGUCGGGAGGUGCCCCCAGUAAAUCUUCCCCGAUGCCUGGGAGCAAGUCCACCCCCAGAGCCAGCAUCCGACCCAUGUUUCCCGUCACGCCUCAGCCUGGACCCCCGUCAGGGUUGCCUGCCCCAGUCCGUUCCGCGCUGCCCCCCUGCCCCCAGUCCUCUACAUUCAGCCUCCUGGUCCUGUGCUGGGCCUGGGACCCCAACCCACACAGAGGAUGUCUGCAAUUCAGGAGUGGCUUCGGGACAAGUCUCUGAAUGUCCUUGAGUGGCCCAGCCAGAUCUCUGGAGAGACCUGGAAAUAUCUGUGCAGCAACUCUCCCCAUCCAACCUGACAGAGCU